GGGGGUUUGCGCUCUCUGCUCCCUGUGUGAAUGUUGGGGCGAUAUUAGGGAAGAUGUUCGAUACAAUUGACCUUUAAGGCGAAGGGCGAUGGACGCGGAGAAUGAGGAUAAUUUAGAAAAUGCCGAGGAUCUGUAAUUAGAUUUGUCUCUCAUUACUGGCAGCAGCUCCAACCUGCAACAUUUCUCCCUGAGAACACAAAGUAGAUGGACGUUUAAUGCUUCAGUAGUAAAGGAUUUGGAAUAUCACCCUUUCCACUCUUAGAUUUCCUUUUUACUUUCAGACGUGAGAAAUGUCUUCUGAUGAGCAUUGGUCUCCAGUGGAAGAUGACAGUCAAGCGUCUAAACUAGCUAGAAAAUCCCGGGAUGCCCCCUUUGUCCCCAUAGGAUUGGCAGGUUGCUUGGCUGUCGUGGGUUAUGGUCUGUACAAGCUAAAACACAGAGGGAACCAAAAAAUGUCGGUCCACCUCAUCCACAUGAGAGUUGCAGCACAAGGCUUUGUUGUAGGAGCAAUUACAGUGGGGGUCUUGUACUCUAUCUAUCGAGAUCACAUCAAACAAAAGGGCAACAGUGAGCCAAAAAAAUGAUGAACAACAUAGCAGCAAAGUGUAAGAGCAAAGCAUUCUGAUCAGUAUUAUUUUAGAAUACAUGUAUGCAUAAGAGUGUUCAACAAUGUGUUCAGAUUGUAUCAUGAAGAUUUCUGCUAUCCCUAUUUAUUAAACAGCUGCUAUGUGCUCCUA